AUGAAGAGAUCGGUUAAGACAGAGUGCCGGAUCAUAAAUCGGUUUAGACAGAGUGCCGGAUCAUGUAGAGAUCGAUUUAGACAGAGUGCCGGAUCAUCACAGAUCGGUUUAGACAGAGAGCCGGAUCAUGUAGAGAUCGGUUUAGACAGACUGCCGGAUAAUACAGAGAUCGGUUUAGACAGAGUGCCGGAUCAUGUAGAGAUCGGUUUGGACAGAGUGCCGGAUCAUGUAGAGAUCGGUUUAGACAGAGUGCCGGAUCAUGUAGAGAUCGGUUUAGACAGAGUGCCGGAUCAUGUAGAGAUCGGUUUAGACAGAGUGCCGGAUCAUGUAGAGAUCGGUUUAGACAGAGUGCCGGAUCAUGUAGAGAUCGGUUUAGACAGAGUGCCGGAUCAUGUAGAGAUCGGUUUAGACAGAGUGCCGGAUCAUGUAGAGAUCGGUUUAGACAGAGUGCCGGAUCAUGUAGAGAUCGGUUUAGACAGAGUGCCGGAUCAUGUAGAGAUCAGUUUAGACAGAGUGCCGGAUCAUGUAGAGAUCGGUUUAGACAGACUGCCGGAUAAUACACAGAUAGAUUAAGACAGAGUGCCGGAUCAUGAAGAGAUCGGUUAAGACCGAGUGUCGGAUCAUGUAAAGAUCGGUUAAGACAGAGUGCUGGAUCAUGUAGAGAUCGGUUUAGACAGACUGCCGGAUAAUACAUAGAUCGGUUUAGACAGAGUGCCGGAUCAUGUAGAGAUCGGUUUAGACAGAGUGCUGGAUCAUGUAGAGAUCGGUUUAGACAGAGUGCCGGAUCAUGUAGAGAUCGGUUUAGACAGAGUGCCGGAUCAUGUAGAGAUCGGUUUAGACAGAGUGCCGGAUCAUGUAGAGAUCGAUUUAGACAGAGUGCCGGGUCAUGUAGAGAUCGGUUUAGACAGAGUUUCGGAUCA